CGCCAUCGGGAGUCUUUAGCCAGCCCACCGGGCCUGCCUCAACUAUCUGAUCGGGAUUUUGAUCUAGAAGAGCACCUCUCGCUUGUUCUCCGGAUCCUGAACUUGAGAGCAAUUACCUGUGAAGCUCUCUGCCGUACCGCCGUCCAGAGACACCAUGGGGCAGACUAAACCCGUUCUCCAUCCUCUCAAGACGCCGAAGAGCGCAACCUUUCCGUCUGAGAUUCACAGUAGCUCUAGCUCAGAGCCCUCAGCAAAAGUCAAAGGAGAGGAGUGUAAUUCGACCCCGAUCACUCCUCCGCUUGCGUACACGGAGUUCCUGAAGGCACUUACUCCCGUGUUUACCAGUCCGCGGAGCCCUUCAGUCAGUUUCUCAAAGCUUGUACCGGAAAAGUCUGUCACCUCGUCAACAUCGCAGCCUUCCAGUGCAACAAGUACCUCGUUCCCGGCAAAAGAGACGAUUAAAUCAGCAUCUUCGUUGCCGCCACCUUGCCCAUUCCCGCAGGCACAGCCAGCAAGUAAGAGAGAAACACUGCGGCGUCUGCGGAUUCCGGGAUCGGCAGCCUGCUCUCCAGUGACAGAGACUCCAAGGAGUACGACUUCACUCAGAUCACCAUUUUCACCAUCGGAGUGGAAGCUUCGAUAUUUUGAAACCCCGACAAGUGCAGGCGGGAAGCCUGUCAGUGUCCGACAGGUGGUCACUCGGACUAUGACCCUUAAGCGGACGCCACUUGAACCUCCUCCUAAGGGGAAGAGGCGAAAGACGGACGACUCGUGAACGGCUCAGAUUAUGCGGUGCUCUUACUAUGGCGUCCGCGUUUGUUUCUUGAAUAUUCGGAGAAACAGCCUUACCAUGAAUCGUUAUGGUUUCUGAGCUCCCCAGCCGCUUUACGAUACCACGAAUACGUACGGAGCAAAAAGGCGUUUAUGAAGUGCGUUUGUUUUUCAUGUCUUGAUAAUUUUGUCCUUGUGGGCUUUGGGUAUUAGACAUGGGGCCUAUCCUUAACUUUUUUUUUUCUUCUUGCAGCCUCUGCUUUCUACAGGACUUAUAUACUUUCCUUUGUUAUUAUGUUUGUCUCUCUAGGGACCCUACUGUGACUGGGUUAUACUCGAUGCCA